UUUUGUUAAAGCACGGUUCGGGCCAAAGUGCUGCUGAGCCACAUUGGUUUGGACAAAAUCUGCCGUCCAUGGUGGCCGGAGCUGGUUCAACGAAUCCACCGUCGAAGUCUUCCUCCACUUUCUUCUCAUAUUCCCAUUCAUCAUCGUUGGCAUAGAUGAUGAAGUUGAUCAAGUCUAACAUUCACCCUUUAAAUUCACGUGGUCUUUCUCUACAAUGCCAAUGCCAUCUCCCUCGUUCCCAACCCGGAAAUCCCACCCCAACAUCUGCAUCGUCAAACCCCUUUUCUCCAGCACUUCCCUAUCCGACGCCGUUUCUUCUCUCGACCUAUUGCGCCUCAAGGGCAUUCGCUUACCCUCUCACAUUCUCGCCACCCUCUUGCGCCACUGCUCCAAAACCAGGUCUUUUCGAGAGGGCAAGUUGAUUCACCUCCACUUGAAGCUCACCGGCUUCAAACGCCCCCCAACGCUUCUAGCCAACCACUUGAUCGCUAUGUACUUCAGCUGCGGCGAUUUCGUUCAGGCACGCCAGGUGUUCGACAAAAUGGACGAUAGAAAUUUGUUUACUUGGAACAAUAUGCUUUCUGGGUAUGCUAAAUUGGGCAUGAUGAAGCAGGCUAGGAGCAUAUUCUAUCGAAUGCCUCACAAGGAUUAUGUGUCUUGGAAUUCAAUGGUGUCUGGGUAUGCGCAUCGUGGCAGAUUUGACGAGGCUUUGAGAUUUUAUCGACGGUUUAGAAGAUUGGAUGUGGGGUAUAACGAGUUUAGUUUUGCCAGUGUCUUGAUUGUUUCUGUAAAGUUGAAGGAAUUUGAACUUUGUAGGCAGAUCCAUGGGCAGGUUUUAGUAGUUGGGUUUUUGUCCAAUGUGGUUAUAUCCAGCUUAAUUAUUGAUGCUUAUGCAAAAUGUGGAAAGAUGGAAGAUGCAAGAAGAUUAUUUCAUGACAUGCCUGCAAGGGAUGUUCGUGCAUGGACAACACUAGUUUCGGCUUAUGCCGCAUGGGGCGACAUCGAAUCGAGCGCCGAGUUGUUUAGUCAGAUGCCUAAAAGCAACCCCUGUUCGUGGACAUCUUUGAUUAGAGGUUACUCUAGAAAUGGUAUGGGUCAUGAAGCACUUGGUGUGUUUAGAGAGAUGAUCAAGCACCAAGUUAGACCUGAUCAAUUUACGUUCAGUACUUGCCUAUUAGCUUGUGCUACUAUUGCUUCACUGAAGCAUGGUAAACAAAUACAUGCGUUUUUGGUGCGAAAUAGCAUCAAACCUAAUACUGUUGUAAUUAGUGCUAUUGUUGGCAUGUAUUUGAAGUGUGGAAGGUUGGAAACUGCCAGGCGAGUCUUUAAUUCCACUAGAAAUAAGCAGGAUGUAGAGUUGUGGAACACGAUUUUAUCAACACUGGUCCACUGUGGCUAUGUCACAGAAGCAAUUAUGAUGCUUUAUAAUAUGCUAAGAUCAGGAGUGAAGCCAAAUAGGACCACUUUUGCCGUCAUUUUGAAUGCUUCUUGUCAUUCUGGUCUUGUACAGGAAGGGCUUCGGUUAUUCAAGUCCAUGCCUAGUGAGCAUGGUGUCGUCCCUGACCAACAGCAGUACGCAGGCUUAACUAAUCUUUUUUAUGAAGCUGGGUGUUUUAAUGAAUCAGUGAAUGAUCUGCAGAUGAUGGAUUCUAAGCCAGAUGACCAUGUAUUGUGUCGAUUGCGUGGGAAUAUAGAUCAUGGGAGAGAAGUCGCUGUACUCCUUAUCAAAUUGCAGCCACAAUCCUUUGAAACCUACAAAUUACUUUCAAGUAUUUAUGCUGCACUUGGGAAAUGGGAUUUGGUUGAGAAAAUAAGACAUAUUUGUCGUGAGAGACAGGGGAGAAAAGAGCAGAUCAUUAGUUGAAUUGACAUUGAUAAUAAGGCUAACACUUCACUGUAUUGGAUGUAUCACCCUCUGAACGAACCAAUGUGCUCGCCUUUGUGGCACUUAAUUAAGUAGCAACAUUGGAAGACCAUGUACCAGUGCCUAACUUGAGAAUGUGAAAGUUAGGGAUUUUUGCCAGUGAUCAAUUUUUGUAGAGAGCAGGAAUAUAUAUUCCAUUGACUAAGUCACUAUUC